AUGGAAGUCUCGCCUAAACACCUGGAGUUUUCUUCUCCCUUCACCUACCAGAACCAAACUUCCGUCACGCUCCACAACAAUACUUCGGAGCGAUUCGCCUUCAAGGUCAAAACAACCGCUCCUAAGCGUUAUUUUGUCAGACCAAACACUUCAAUUGUUGAGCCUGGUGAAACUCAAACUGUGACUAUCAUACUACAACCAUACAGUGAAGAACCACCACAGGACACAAAAUGUAACGACAAAUUUUUGCUCAUGCAGUGCCCAGUCCCUGCAGACAUAACCAAUGAUUCUUUUGCCGACUUUUGGGCCGCCCAGGAACACGAGCACGCUGACACCCUGAUAAACAAAAAGCUCCGCGUCCACUACAACAUUGCCUCUCCGGAAGAACUCCCGGCCCUGCUUGCUGCCGCCUCGGCUGCCGCCGCCGCCGCAGGUGUUGCUACUGGCACAGGCGUCGGAGUUGCCAGCUCUGCUCCUCUUCACCACCAUCAUCACCACCAUGAUGACUCUGGUGCUGCUGGCGCUGUUAAUACUGGUUCUGUUGCUACUGGUGUUCCAUCUUCUGUUGCUGCUACUCCUGCUUUGGGUGUUGCUGCUACACCUAUGAUUCCUCAGUCUCCUUACCCUAACCAAGCCCCAAUUUCACAACAACCCGCACACGACCAACAUCCACAUGUAGCAACAUCAGAACUAGCACAAGGAGCUGCGCCAGCCGACCGGGCGCUUCACUCUGAAGUUCCCUCUGCUACUGCUGCUAGUAAGAUUCCUGGAGCUCCUUCUACUGCCCCAGUUUCUUCUCCUGAUGGUUUUUCUCACCUUGCAGAAAAUCCCUCCACUCCAUCCCAUAUCUCAGCUGCCGAUCAUGCUGCAGCCUCCGUUGAAAAUCGUUCUAAGGCUGUUGCGGACGAAAUUGAGAGAGAAAAAGCUGCCGUGUUUGGAACCACAAAGCCUCUGGCAAAGUCAACCACUGCUACAGCCGCUCGAGGCCCUACAACUACCUCCAGCACAACUACCUCAGCCAUUCCUAGCAAUGGUCCCUCUUCUUCUUCUUCUUCUUCAUCCACUUAUGGCACCCAACCCCUUCAGCGCAAGAUUAUUGAUGGCAACACAGAUAUCCCACUUCACCAGGUCAUUAUCAUGGUCAUUGUAUCUUUUUUGAUUGGUUGGUUCUUUUUCUAA